UUUAAUUCUAUAAUGGGCGGAAGUUCGGUCGAGGAUAACUGGGAGAUCUCUUCUCUUACCAGUGGACCUCGGACUCUGGUUUUAGUAGGAUGUACCGGAAAUGGAAAGAGUGCUACAGGAAAUAGUAUCUUGCAAAAGAAGGUAUUUGUGUCCUUGGCCAAGUCAUCUGGUGUAACUCAAACAUGUGAGCUGCAAACAACUGUACUAAGAAACGGCCAGGUUCUAAAUGUUAUCGACACCCCAGGUCUAUUUGAUUGUUCUGUCAAAACAGAAUUCACUGUAAAAGAAAUUGCUAAAUGUAUCAACAUGGCCAAGGAUGGUGUCCAUGCUGUUCUUGUUGUUCUUUCAGUCAAGACUCGUUUCUCCGAAGAAGAAGAAGCAGUUGUCAAUAGCCUUAAGGCUCUAUUUGGGAACAAACUGACUGAUUACAUGAUAAUUGUUUUCACUGGUGGGGAUGAUUUGGAAGAUGAUGAAAAAACUUUGGAAGAUUAUCUUGGGGAUGAAUGUCCCAAACCACUACAGAAACUUCUUGAUCAAUGUGGAAAUCGACGGGUUCUCUUCGAUAACAAAACACGCAACCAGGAGAAGAAAGACCAACAAGUUCAAGAGCUGUUGUAUCUCGUGAAUCUUGUCGUUGCAAAGAAUGGUGGGAAGCCUUAUACACACGAGUUAUUUGUGGAAUUGAAGAAAGGAGCUAUGGAGCCUAAUGAUCAGAUAGAAGAAGGAACCAAGCAGGUGAACGAGGAGCUACUAAACAAGCGACUAACUGAAAUGGUUGAGCUGAAGUUUAAAGAGACCAAUUCUAGGCUUGAGGCACAGCUGCGAGAAGAGAAGUCUAGACUCGAAGCCGAGCUGGUGGAACAAAAGUCUAGGCUUGAGGCGCUGCUGCUAGAAGAGAAGCUUAGGUUUGAGCAGCAACUAGCAGAAGAGAAGGCUGCGAGAUUGAGUGCUGAGAAGUCUAGGCUCGAGCAGCAGUUCAAGGAAGAAAAGUCUAGGCUUGAGCAACAGCUGGAUGUAGAGAAGGCUGCCAGAUUGAAAGCUGAGAAGAAGGUGCAAACUACUAAAGAGAAAUCGAAAGAAAAAAUUCACAAGAUAAAGGAGGACUUGCAGAAAACAGAGCAGAAGCUCCGGGAGCAAGGUGGAAAAUGGAAUUGUGCUAUUAUGUGAUGGGUUUUAGCAGAUACUUUUACUAAUAUGCAGCAAAUGUUAUCCUCUCUCAGUUGCAGCUUUAAUCUGCACUUUUGGCCUUGUCAUUUUAAAUGCUUUUGAGUUUUGAUUGUUCUGUCAGAACAGAAUUCACUGUAAAAGAAAUUGCCAAAUGUAUCAACAUGGCCAAGGAUGGUAUCCAUGCAGUUCUUGUUGUUCUUUCAGUCAAGACUCGUUUCUCAGAAGGAUAAGAACAAGUGAUCAAUAGCCUGAAAAUAUUAUUUGGAAACAAAUUG